CAGCGCCGCUGCCCCUGUAACGGAGCCGAGGGGCCGCUGCCGGUAGCGAUCGUGCUGCGGCGGAGCCCGGAGGAGGGUCCAGGCCUCGGGGAGCUGUUCCUCCACCAAGCGGAUGAAUGGCGGCUGCGGACGAGCUCAAAUUCCAAGAAUUUGACGAUGCAGCUAAUUUGCUUGCAGCAAACCCUGACGCUACCACAAUAAGCAUCGACGAGCCAGCAGAAACACCCAAGAAUCAGCACAGCCGUCUGCAGGAGCCAGGGAGGGAGGAGGAUGAUGAAUUGCUGGGGACUGAUGACUCGGAUAAAACAGAGCUGCUUGCAGGACAGAAGAAAAGUGCUCCUUUCUGGACAUUUGAGUACUACCAGACGUUCUUUGAUGUGGACACGUACCAGGUCCUGGACAGAAUCAAAGGUUCUGUUUUCCCAGUACCAGGGAAAAACUUUGUAAGGCUGUAUAUCCGCAGCAACCCUGACCUUUACGGUCCCUUUUGGAUAUGUGCCACACUCGUCUUUACCAUUGCUGUUAGUGGCAAUCUCUCCAAUUUCUUCAUCCAUCUGGGCAAACCGACGUACCACUACGUGCCUCAGUUCAGAAAAGUAUCCAUAGCAGCAACAACAAUUUAUGCAUAUGCUUGGCUUGUUCCCCUUGCUCUCUGGGGAUUCCUGAUGUGGAGGAACACUAAAGUUAUGAACAUUGUCUCCUACUCGUUCCUGGAGAUAGUGUGUGUAUAUGGCUACUCCCUGUUCAUUUACAUUCCCACCGCGAUUUUAUGGAUCAUUCCACAAAAAGUGGUGCGCUGGGUGCUGAUGAUAUUCUCCCUGUGCCUCUCGGGGUCGGUUUUGGUGAUGACCUUCUGGCCUGCUGUCCGAGACGACAACCGGCGCAUCGCGCUGUCGACCGUGGGGACUAUCAUUCUGCUCCAUGCCCUGCUGUCUGUCGGCUGUUUGGCAUACUUUUUUGAUGCCCCCGAACUGGAUUUUCCUGCACCUAUUAUCCCUGCUCACAAUGGAACAACAGUAAUAACAAAGAGUCGGUAAAUAAGAUUACAGUGCCCGUGUCUCCAUCUGUAACUUUAUUUUAGAUUAUAUUUUUCACUGAAGACCGUGAGAAGUGCAAGACCAGGGGCUGUUUUUUGCAGGAGGACAGCAGUGUCCCAUGGCCCUUCGGACACCUCCGUGCUCACUGGAAGCUGUUACCAUAAGAAGUGUGAUCCUAAUUUGUUGCCUGUGUUUUUUUUUCCCUCCCCGUGCCACACUUUUGCCUCUGAAUAAAGUGUUCAGAAAGUGA